AUGUCAGGUGAUUGCGUCGCAUGGACGACGUCAUCUGAUCGCGAGCCUGCAGCAGGCAUCCAUCCAUCUUGCCAUCACUCCACCACUGAUUUUCAAUACACUUUUGACUCUGAUCCACCAGAACAACGAACGUGUGUCCGAGGUAGUUCUCUCUAGCUACUUUACAACACCACCUGCGAUCAGGCAUUUAUCCCAUUACCAGUGACUCUACCAUUGCGACCGACCUGCGACCAUGUGUGGUUCAGACAUCUUCCUAGCGAUUCUCGCCAUCUUCUUCCCUCCAAUUGCGGUGUGGAUCAAAGUAGGCAUCUGUACGGCUGACUCGAUCAUCAACCUUGCUCUCUGCUGUCUCGCCUAUAUCCCGGGUCUGCUGCACGCCUGGUACAUCAUCCUCAAGUAUCCCGAGCCGGACUACGAUGACCCCAGCUAUGCGCCCAUCCCCGGGAAUCACAGAGGCGACGCCGAGAACGGUCACGUCACGUAUUACUAUGUCUCCCACCAACCCAUCCAGCACCCAUCCCAACGGGGCUAUGGUACCAUGCCUCCGCAACAACCCCACGCGGCGAACGCUCAGCCAAAGCAGCAACAUCCCGCACCUUCCCAACAGCACGAACAAGCUUCUGGAAGCGGCGGCGGCGGUAGCAGCAGCCGGGAUCACGCCGAUGCGCGGCCACCUCCCACAUACGCCGAAGCAGUGAAGGGAGACCACAAAGUACAAGAUCAAACAGGUCAAGCCUGAAUGAAACGAGGACAACGCAGUUGCUUCGCAACUUGCUGUCGGUUGUCUCGAAAUACUGCUGCUCCCAGGCAAAGACCAGUACAAGGAUUGCCCCCACAGUCCCACCUACUGUUGUUCUUUUUGCCAGGCCUUACGAACCGCAAGUUACGAUCACCUACUUACAACGAAUGCGCGGUCACUAACUUUCGAACCCAUCUCGGGGGGGCCGCUCGCUGAUCUGGCUCUUUAAUGUGCUGUUGUGAAGAUAAACCAGGAGGAUAAUAUUAGUAUUAGCUUUUAAGGUAGCCAUAGGUAGGGUCAUAGACCACCAUUGUUCUACCAAGAAAUUCACCCCCCCCCCCC